AUGAGUCGAGAAUUGGAGUCGUUAUUUGAAGAGUUUGUGUCAGAAGUUGAACAAAUUGAACAGAAUCCAGAAUCACUCUUUGAAGUGGGCCACAAGUCAAACAGAGCCAAGAGGAAAGAUGGAGAAUUACCAGAUAAAGUAUUUGUUAAUCGGCGAUCUGUCUUAACGGAACUGUUAGAGAUUUCCCACAUCCGAACAAUUUAUCAUAUAUUUGUAGCUAUUCUACUGGUAUUCAGUCUAAACACAAUUGUUUAUGAUAUUAUUGAUAAAGGCAGGCUAGUCCUUGAUUUUGACUUAAUACAAUGGGCAUUUGGCAAAUUUCCCAAGGUUAUGGCCCUGUGGGUCUGUAUGCAAUUAAGUACGUUACUUAUAGUUUAUCCAGGCUUUUAUCAUUGGUCAACAUCUCGGCGCUACACCAGUUCACGUUUAAUGGAUUUUGUGUGGCUAGGAAUUUUCAUAAGUUACCAAAUAGCAUUUUUAGUUCUUCCUGUCACUUACCUGUCUGAACACAAUUUACCACCCGCGUCUUCAGUCAUUAUUGUCACUGAACAGUUACGAUUAAUGAUGAAGGUUCAUUCCUUUGUUCGGGAAAGUGCGUUCCGGGUUAUAAAGCAUAAGAAGACAGAUGGUACUGAAGAAGGAAAUUGUCCUGAUUUCUCAAAAUACCUCUACUUCCUGUUUUCUCCAACUUUAAUUUAUCGAGAUCACUACCCCCGCACUCAGAAGAUCCAUUGGAACUACGUUGUUAGUAACUUUGCCCAAGUUCUGGCUUGUCUUUUUUAUACCUACUACAUCUUUGAACGGUUCUGUGUUCCAGUGUUCCGAAAUUUUAAUCGUGAGCAUGUCACACCCAAAGCCCUACUACUGUCUGUCUUUGGCUGCAUGCUUCCUGGAACUUUGGUUCUCUUCAUUGGUUUUUUUGCCAUCCUUCACUCUUGGUUAAAUGCCUUUGCUGAGAUGCUUCGAUUUGGAGAUCGUCUUUUCUACAAGGAUUGGUGGAACUCUACAACAUUCUCUAAUUAUUAUCGAACAUGGAACGUAGUUGUACAUGACUGGCUUUACACCUACAUCUACAAAGAUGUCUACAUGAUUUUAGGACCCAAAAUGCGAAGUGUAGGACUAACCAGUGUGUUCUUCAUCUCUGCUGUUUUCCAUGAAUAUGUUCUAGUAGUAUCUUUUGGAUUUUUCUAUCCUGUCUUAUUUGUGAUGUUUGCUGGAGCUGGAUUUGGAUUUGUAUUCCUAACUGACAAGGGUGUGUCUCGCAGCUGGAAUGUAUUCAUGUGGGUAUCCUUAUUUAUUGGCAAUGGCCUUCUCAUGUGCCUCUACAGCUUGGAAUGGUACGCCCGACAAAAUUGUCCAGUCACAACGAACAAUUUCUUUGAUUACCUUAUUCCUCGAUCCUGGACAUGUGAUUUUGCAGGAAUAACUCUGAAGUAA